CAAUCAUGAAUUAUACAGCAGAAGAUGUAAAUGCUGAUGUUACAAAAACUCUUUAUUUCAACACAGGGAUAUUAUUUAUGUAUCUUUUUCUGGGAUUAUUUGGGAAUUCAGUCGUUUUGUACGUUUACACACGUAGGAUGAAACGAACUGAAGAAAAGUAUUUCAUCCCAAUGCUGGCGAUUGCCGAUAUUUUUGCAUGUCUUUCUGGCAUUUCACUUGCCGUUGUUUCGAAUUUCCACAGAGCAUAUUAUACUUUAGAUACUUUCUGUAGAGUGGGGUAUUUUCUUACUUGGUCGACCACAACUGUGUCUGGAAUUAUCAUUCUUCUUAUUGCACUCAAUCGCCAUCUUAUGAUAUGCCGCCCAACUGGACCCCAGCUUACUCUGACUAGGAAAAGAAGAGCUCUCAUCGUGGUAGUAAUAUUUUCCAUCGUGACCUCAUUACCUAUGCUUCAUUUCUUAGGAGAAAGACACUACCCGCUUGUGUACAAAGGACAACUUGUGAAUACUACUUUGUGUACCUUGCGCUUUACCGAUGGAGCUAUGCAUAAAUUACAACUUGGUUAUUUCGCUUUUGAAAUUUUUGUGGCUUUGCUGAAUAUGAUUAUUACAUGUGCAUUGUAUAUACCAGUUGGUGUCAAAAUAUAUCGAAGAUCUAAAAAUUUAGGUCUGAUAGCAAAACCUCAAACACAAAUGCCUGACAUUUCGACUGUUCAAAACGAUGUACUUAAAGCCGAGGAUCAAGGAAAACUUCACGUAGAAAUGAAUGAAAUUGACGAGUCGGUAUUUUCAACAACCGUAUCAACAGUUCUGAGUUCAACAGAGAACGAUGUACCAUGCGGACGAUACAAAUUCACCUCGAAAGAGGAUUCUAAACGGGAUAUUAGAGACACGUCCAUAAACAGGAAGAAGAAGGCGACACAUAAACAAGCGAGGAACAACUUUACAAUGAUGUUUGCCACCAUCAUCAUCUUCUAUAUCUUAUCAUAUCUCCCCUCUCUUGUUAUUAUGAUACUCCCUGGAAGUAAUCCAGCAGAAUUCUGGUUCUCCAAGAGUUCCGUGGAGCUCAACUUUCUUGUCUUUCUACAGAGAGCCUUCUUACUUAAUAACAUUGUCAAUCCAUUUAUUUACAGUUACUUUGAUUUAACCUUUAGAAAGGAAGUCAAAAAGAUGUUAUGCUGUUUAAUUUGUUUCUAAAUGUUCUCUGAGAAUAUUUUUACGUCUUAAAUAUGGCUUAUGUAUUUUGUUCUAAUUGUUAAUUUUUA